UCGUAUCAGAUAAUUAGAAGCAGAAAUGUGUUGUUAGAUAAAAAAUAACAGGUUUCGUGUUUUUUGAAACAAAAGUGAAGUUUUGGAUCAGUACUGAUGGAUUUACGUGGUGUAAACUGCACGGUGUCUCUGCUUCUGCUGACAUGUGUUGGUCUGGUUUUUGGCUAUGAGGUGAUUUUACCUGGCAGUGUGAAUGGAACACUUACAAAGAAUGUGAUGUUUAACCCAAAGACAAUUCCUCCUCCACCUUAUACACUGAUCUACUGGAAUUUUGGUAGAACAAACAUUGUUACUGUAGUUGGUGAUAAGAUUAUCUAUGAUCCUGCUUACUCAAACAGAGCUGUGUUUAACAACAACAGUCUUUCUCUGGAGCUUAAGCAUUUAACUAUGAAAGAUGAAGGAGAAUACACCCUGACUGUAAACAAAGAUGGAGUAGUUCCUACUGAUACAACUUCACUGCAUGUGUUUGAGCCAGUCUCUAAUGUAACCAUACUACCAAAUGAGACAGAGCUUGUUGAAUUCAACAGCACUGUGAGUCUCAAAUGUUCUGCCUCGGGUUCCGAGCCCAUUUCAAUUCUUUGGCUAAACGGCAGCUCUGAGGUAACAACAGUGGGAGAAAACAAGACUCUCACCAUUACCAGUCUGACGAGAGACGAUUCAGGCCCUUACACAUGUGAGGCAUCCAACCCUGUCAGCAAAGAAAAGAGUCAUCCUCUGAACCUUACAAUCUACUAUGGUCCAGAAAAUAUUGUUGUUAAUGCAACUUCAGUGAAACCCAUCUACAUCUCUGGAUCUAACAUCACAAUUACCUGUUCAGCGGAGUCACAUCCAGCUGCUGAGUUUCAGUGGAUGGUGAAUGGAACGACAUUGGUUACAAUGGGCCCAGAGCUUAAACUGGUUAACAUUCAGACCAAUCAAAGUGGCAGCUACACUUGCAACAGCCAUAACAACAAAACCCUGAGAUACACCACAUUUAAACCCAUCAACAUUACUGUUCUAGAAAUGAUAUCUGGAGUGACACUUACUGGACCAACAGGUGACCCAAUAGAAGGUGAUUCUACUAAUUUAACCUGUAAUGUCAGCGGGACCAUCGUCAAUACUGAAUGGACGAAGAAUAAUGAGAAGUUGUCUGCUAGCGACAAUAUCGCAUUCUCAGCUGAUCACAGAACAGUAAUGAUCAAUCCUGUGAAGAGAACAGACACUGGACUGUACCAAUGUAAUAUCAGCAACCCGGUCAGCUUUGAUACUGCAGAGUUCAGGAUGACUGUUAACUAUGGACCAGAUAUUAUCAGGAUUGAUGGAAAAGGAGAUGUGGAGGAGGGAACAAGAGUAGAAUUAUAUUGCAUUACUGAAUCUGAACCACCUCCUUCAUACAGAUGGGAGUUUAAUGGGAGUUUAACUGUGGAAACUUCAAAUGUAUUUACUGUGGAACGGGCUAACUUUAGUAACAGUGGAAUAUACAACUGCACAGCCUUAAAUUCUAUCACUAAUCUUACUGUCUCGAAAACCCACAUCUUGAAAGUCAAAGGGACUGGUGGUGAAAGUGGAGGUUCGCUGUCUGGAGGAGCUAUAGCUGGGAUUGUUAUUGCGGUGUUAUUAGUAGUUGCUGCAGUUGUCGGUUUAAUUGUCUACUUUGUGAAAACCAAGAAACUAUCAAAAAGCACCUUGAGACAAGAUAAGCAGAACAGAGCAACACAAAAUGGAGAUGAACAUGAGUUACACUAUGCAGACAUCCAACAUUCCGCAAAUCAGAGGCAAAGCGGAUUGCCAGCAAGAGCAGCGGCUAAACCCUCACAAUAUAAUCAGGGAGCAACGACUAGCCCUGAUACUAUCUAUGCUGGAGUGAAAAAGUGAUAUAAUCAAUAUUGCAGCACUGGACACAGACCAAAUCCUAAAUUCUACACGGUAAAACACAUGUACAUUUCAACAAUUCUGUUAAAAAGAGCUGUGAAUUUAAUUCAACCCCCAAUCAUCUGGAAAAGAAAAUACAAGACAAAU